AUGCCCAACUCCAACGCUAGAUUCCGUUGUAACCACAGAGGGGGUCAGGAAGCUGGCAGGAGAGAGCUGGUUUCCAGGUCUUUGCAGAGUGCUCAGCACUGCCUGGAAGACCAGGAUUUUGGAACUGCAUAUGCUCACUACCUCCUGGUACUAAAUCUGGCUCCUGAGUUAAAAGCCAGCGUCAAGGAAACAUUUCAGUUUACUCUGUUUAAAUGGGCAGAGGAGCUGGAUUCUCUGGCACGGAUUCAAGACCUGUUUAACUGUUAUGAACAAGCCCUUGAGCUGUAUCCAAAUGAUGAAGUGAUCUGUAACAGUAUGGGAGAACAUCUUUUCAGGAUGGGCUUUAGAGAUGAAGCAGCUGGCUAUUUCCACAGAGCAGUGAAGCUCAACCCAGACUUUGCUGAUGCAAAGGAGAACUUCUACCGUGUCGCAAACUGGCUGGUGGAACGCUGGCACUUCAUCAUGCUCAACGACACCAGGAGGAACCUCACCUACUUCCAGGCCAUUGAGAAUGCUGUCCACUCAGGGUGCAAAUCUGUCCUUGAUAUUGGAACUGGAACAGGAAUUUUGAGCAUGUUUGCAAAGAAGGCAGGAGCAUCUUCUGUCUAUGCCUGUGAAUUAUCAAAGACCAUGUAUGAACUUGCCUGUGAUGUGGUGGCAGCAAACAAUAUGGAAGGAGAGAUCAAACUUCUGCAUCUGAAGUCACUGGACAUAGAAAUUCCAAAGCACAUACCUGAAAGAGUUUCCUUGGUGGUCACAGAAACAGUUGAUGCUGGUUUAUUUGGAGAGGGAAUUGUGGAGAGCUUGAUACACGCUUGGGAACAUUUACUUCUGCCACCUAAGCCUAAAAAUGAAGCUGUCAGUCCUGGAGACUAUGGCAGAGUAUAUGGAAGAGUUAUUCCUGCAAGUGCUACCAUAUUUGGGAUGGCAGUGGAAUGCAAAGAGAUCCGUAGACAUCACAG